CUAUCGAUGAACGCAUUGGUAGUGUGGCCUACGCAAUGAUAGUUUCAAGCUUGGAGUUCAAAUCAUGUUUAACGAAUGUUUUUAUUGAUAAAGCUUUGGGGUGUAAAAAUGUUACUUUUUUAUAUGAAGUGAGUGUUAAAUGUAAUCAGUUGAAAAAUGUAUAAACAUAUACAGACCUUUCUGCGUCUAGACGGGCAUCGGUACAGACCUAAUCUUAAUUAGCGACCUCAGUUCUAGGUCAAAUGCUUCGUUGACUGGACUAAAACGCAGUGAUGUCACGGCAUGCAUACAUUAAACUUAGAGGUGAAUUUAAUCUAAGCGUCGUGUAAUACCUUAACGAAGAGUCUCUCCUGAACACAUCAACAUGUCGGAAUUUCUCUUGAAAGAAGACCAAUGGAAAUCCGACUGCAAAUAGAUGCUGGGAUCCUUUAAUACGUUUGCAUACCUGCAUAGCUUCUGCUUUACAGUAGAAUGGCCGCCACUUCCAACAUGUUCUCCGACAAUAAGACCAAUAACUGGUUCAAGGCAUGCUUAGCACUCAAUGUGACGAAGGAAGGAUUAGCUUACUUACUUGACACCGAAUUACAGAAGAUUCACGCAACCGUUGGUAGAGGUUGUGGUAACUGUUCCAUUGAAAAACUCAUACCAUGUCCAACGCUCCCAUUUUGUAACAAGAGUAAACAUAAAUGUCGUUUCCACGCUUCACAGAAACCCAAACAAUGCUCAGUAUGUGAUCAAGUAAAACAGAACAUCACGGUAUAUCACAGAUACAGUAAGCCGUCCUGGAGGAACACUGAUGCGAAAAAAUGGGCGAGCGACAGUUGGGAAAUAGGAAAAUGCUUCCUCCCUCCGGACGGAUAUGGCAGGGUCCCCACGGUCCAGGAAUCCGACUUCAAUGGCGUAAUAAGCAUCAUGUUGAACUGCACUCAUUUCCAGAACUGUCUCUCUUCUUCGUGUAUAUCACCUCCACCGCCUGAUAAGCAAUGUCCACUUGAAAUGGUCCGUCAAAUAGGCCGAGAUGUACGUCACACGUCGGAUUGCAAGAUUACAGAUGCUGAUCUGCAGGGUUAUUUUCAGACAUUGUCCACGCUGCUAGCUGAUCCGAUAUGUUUACAACAUGACCACUCAGCUAAGACAGCGCACGCGAGACUUGAUCAUUUGCAAAAUGAUCGAAUGUCGCUGACAGAACUUGGUGAGAUGUUGAAAGGCGCCUAUCAAACACUUGAAAAUGUUAAAAUGGCAGGCGAAUGUUUUUCUAAGGAGGCAGAAAAGACCCUACGUGCUGGGAUAAAACGCAUUAAAAGCAUGAAGAAAAUCGGAGAACAGCGCCUUAAAAGCACAACAAAAGUUGGGGAACAACGCCUAAAAACAAUGACGAAGGUUGUGGAACAACGGAUUGAAAGCAAAAGAAAAGAUGCGGAACAAAAGCUUGAAAGCAAGAUACAGGAUGGAACACAGCGCAUCGAAUCAAAUGUAAAUGAUGGUAUUGUUCGCAUUCAACAAUCAGCGCGUAAAACCGCAUCAGAAGAUUAUGAACGAGGCGUAGCAGAUCUUCGACAACGUUUGAUUCAACAUUACAAUGACACGACUUGCAAUGUGCCUCUGUUAACAUUAGACCAAAGUCUUGAUAAGCGAAUAACAGACAUGUAUGCAGCGCCAAAAAUACACCAAAUCAAAAUAGAAAAAGACGGGAAAUUGGUGAAAAAUGAAAAACAAGUACUGACCUACAAAGAACUAUUUUACACAGACAAUAAAUUGAUUCAACGCAUAUACAUACAAGGCGAACCCGGUAGAGGAAAGUCAACGUGUGCAGUUAAGUUAGUUGAUGAUUGGUGCAACUCAAAUCAGCCUUCAUCGGGAGCUUCCAUAAAACAUCCAGCAUUUGAAGAUAGAUUAACCAUUCAGAAAUUCAAGUUGUUAUUUUUCAUCACGUUAAGAGAUUCGAGGGAUCAGACGGAUGUAACGCAGAUGAUAAAGAAGCAGCUUAUUGAUAAAAUGUUUUUCGAAGACGAGUGCGCCGACGUGUACAAACUUCUCGUACAAAUACUGAAAACUGAAAUUUGCCUUGUAGUACGAGAGGGCCUAGAUGAAUGGGUGUCCCCUAGUGAUAGUAACCUAGCUGAACCUUCCAUGGCUGGAUUUUCCAAGGACACGUGCACGGUUCUGACAACAUCUCGACCAUGGAAACUGGCUGAUGAACGUAUCAAGAACUCGCAAAUCGACAGUUUGUUUGAGAUCGAAGGGAUAAGCGAUCCUUAUGCAUUUGCUAAAAAUAUACUUCGAUGCAUAAUUCACCAGAAGAAGGAUCUACAAAAAACUGUGGAUACAUUUAAUUUAUUCGUAUCGCGUCGUAAGCUGCAGUCGUUAUCAUCUUCGCCAAUGUUGUACGCGCUGGUCAUCUGUACCUGGGUAGAUACAAUUGAAGAUGAAGCACAUUUGAAAGGAUAUUCAUUGUGUAUACUUUACACUACUCUGCUUGAAAGUCUUUGUAAAAAGGCUAACAGUGCAACUGGUUAUUUCAACGAAUCAACCCCGCCACCAGUGCACUGUUUUUAUAGCUCAAGUUACCUACAGCCAAACAUUGAACACUUAGAUAAGUUAGCUGAGGUAGCUUUUAAAUUGCUCUUCUCUUCUGAAAGAGAAUCAUCUAUUGUUUUCGAUGACAUUACAUUGUCCAACCAUUUUUCUAACGAAGAGUUUACAGUUCGCAAGAUGUUUGCUCUUAAGGCAGGAAUACUAACAAACAGGAAUGAUAAAAGUCGGACAGGGAGAUCAUACUCAUUCGUUCACAAAACUGUGCAGGAGUUUCUCGCAGCAUACCAUAUCGCUUGUAAUCCACGCGUCAUUGAUGAUGUCAUUUCCAGAUAUCUUAAAUUAAACACGUGUUUAUAUCUCGACAUAGCGCAAGUUCUCAUAUUUGUGUGUGGAAUGAAGAUUUGUGCUGCGAAUGAACUGUCAGCUUUAAUGAAUCAAUGUCACGUUGUUGAUGUUCAUCCUCCAAGGCCGUAUUCUCCAUGUGAUUUUCAGCUCAUAAUUGAGUCUGGAAUCAGAGAGGCAGCAGCCAACAAGCAGGAUGACAUACACCUGCAAUUGAGUCACUUUUACAUUACUAAGAGCAACGUGAGAGAUUGCAACGUGAUAUGGUCUACAAACACGUCUAAUGUCGAGUUAUUGUUGGUAGUAACCUCCUCGGUAUUCUUCGGGACUAUGCAAAGUUUAGUUUCAAGUGAUGAGCAUCCAUCUCAUUUUGAGGUUAACCUGUCAUCGUGUAACAAAUUGAAAUCGUUACAACUAUCGGGCAAACACAUGUGGUUAAUAGAUACGGCCAGCCCGGCUGCAUCGGAACAUCCGGUCUGGAUUAUUCUUGACAGUACAGAUCCAGCCCAGUGCGCAGACCCUCCUCCAGUACUUCCCUCCAUAGAACGCAUUCUAUUGGACCAUGUCACAUGUUCGUCUUCCUGGCUACGUAGUCUGUUCAGAACGCUGAUGGCACUCGAUCACGAGGUCGUGUGUGAGCUGAAAGACUGUGACAUACAAUCGUUUGCAAUGCAUGCAGUCAGCAGAUCAUAUACAGAUAUAAGCGCAAAACUACAGACAAGUAAUAAUACAUUUAACAUGCAGAUAUAUAAUCACACUCGCGUUACAAAGAGAAAAAAUUGGGAAGUGGUUUAUGACUGUCCCGGUUUGUGGGAGUCUCUUCGUGGUCGGAAUAUCAAGAGUCUGACUCUGAGUGGUAGGGAUCAAUGUUUGAAUGUGAACCAUCUAGAGUCUUUGUCGCAGUCACUAUCAUCGCUGAAACAACUGAACACGCUUACAAUAUAUGUGCUUAGAUUUAUCAAUAUACGGUUACCUAAAUCAUUGAAGCAUUUACAUAUCUACUGUAAUGGAUUGAGUGCAAUCCAAUUACGCAAAUGUGUGAACAUACUAUCUGCAUGUGAUCAGCAAAUUGAGGUAAAGCUGGAAUUCGGAUGUUCAUUCAUAAAGGAAAAUAAGAUUGAGUGGAACUUCGAAUAUGAUUCAUCAGACAUGUUCUGUUUUCAACCAAUCCCAGUGGAGAAAUACAUGACCAUCCUACAGGAACUGGAGACAGCGCAGAAUGUUGCAAUGAAACGAUUCCGAAUAUACGAUAGGAUAAGAUCCAACAUGUUGACUGGUGAUGCUGAUUCUGCCUGGUCUGUACGUGGCAGUGUUGGUCAUGGUGUCGAUAACGAUAAUGUGGAUAUUGAAAACGUUCAAGAUAAAACAUACAUUAAAUUCAUUCGGUACAUUAAUAAUGACAUCAUCAAUCGUAUUUCAAUGCGAUUUCUGAUGAUUCCGGCUUCGAAUCUAUCAACGCGACUGUGAGAAAUGAUUAUUAUAUGAAAAAAAUCGAAAAUGAAUUAAUUGAACACAUUGUGUAAAUAAACACUAUACAUAUUUUUUUGGAUACCAUACAUACGUUUAUGUCAUAAAUUUAAUUAUGAGAAAGGUAUACAAUCAAAUAUUAUAUUUGAUGAUAGUCUGUGUGAUUAUUGUCUUGUAUACGUGUUAUUGAUUGUCAAUUUCAACCAUUUUUCAUUUUUUCACAAGUUAGGAGAAAUCCGAACCCAAUAUCUCUUUAAAUGGUUCCAUGUUUGAAAUUCAGUAUCUGAUUUUUAUUUAUUAAUGGGAUCAACUAAUGAUAAAGUUACGCAUAAUCGCAACUUGUGUAUACCAUCUGUUAAACAACAUUUAAUCAUAAUUUUGUAUUAACAUGUAAAUCUAUUAAGUAACAAGGCUAGUAAGUUAGUAAUCAGUAGUUACAAGGCAACUAUGUGAUUGUAUAUUGUUUGUGUACAUUGUGUAUUAUUGGACCGGUGGCCAUUAUUUCCUUAAAUAAAUUGCUUGAGUUUGA